AGUCCCCACGAGAGAUGAGAGAUGAGAUAUCUGCUUACCGACAUCAUGGAUCGACAGCUUAUUCCCCUGGCUGUGGCCAUACUUCUGGUCUCCUUUGGGCCUGGUACGAUGGUAGAUGGCGUUCUCACUCCCAAAGAGAUUGAUUACAAGCUAGCACCAUACGCAGGCAACACCUCACAUGUACCGGUACCUGGCCAGUACAGCCCUUACAUUAGGAAUAGCACCUGUUGGGGACGAGGCGAUGUACGUUACCGUACAUUUGACGGUCUGAAGUUCCUCUAUAACACCCCUACUGAUAGACUUGGCAUUAUGGUAAUGCCCUGGGUGGAUCUUCCAUGGUGGGUGGUUACGACCCAGGAAUUCUUUAAUGGGGGACCGAAAACGCGCAUCGAUGAAGUCUACGUUAAGUGUUCAGGCCAAUACUUUAGGGCUGUAUUAGGUCCUACUGUGGCAUUGUGGUAUUGGUUCAUGGGAUGGUGGUUUCCAAUUCCACUACCACCAGUCAUCCUUGCCGGCGGAGCUGUUACCGUGGAUUUUUUUGCGCCCAGAGGUUAUGUUAUACAUUGCCAUGCCGUUCCAAUGACUGUUUAUGUCGCUCUGCACUCUGUCUGGAUAACCAUGACCCCCUUACACUCCGCCGCUGAUUUAGGAGUACGUGGUAUUUGCGGGGACUACAAUGGAUUUCCACAAAACGACUUUUCGGACCUAGGGCCGCUCGUCCUUCCGCCAUGGAAACCUCUCUUGAUUCCUCCCUUGUAA